UGUGCGCGACUUGCCAUUUUUUUCUUCCUUUUUUUUGCUGUGUGGCAAAGCUGAGUGGAAGGCAGCCAGGACGGGGCUGUGCUGUGCAGCUACAAACAGAGGUCAUAAUGUAAUAUUGGUAACGGGAACCGACCGAGGGAACGGGAGCUGCUUGUAUUUAAAUGGGAAAUCUGUUGGGCCACUGGCGAGUCAAGGAGCCGAGCACCGUGGAGGAAUGCGACUCGACGUGGGGGUCGGACUCGGAGAGCGACGAGCCGGCGGCUGAGGAGGACAGCGGCAUCUCCGAGAGCGUGAGCCCGGCGGGGAGCGAGCGGGCCGCGGAAGACAAUGGAGACUCAUCCCAUAAGCUGACUGACUCUCCAGAGUCUCCUCCGAAGAUGAAGAGGAGUUUUUACGCCGCCAGAGACUUGUACAAAUACCGCCACUGCUAUCCGAACUACAAAAAGUCCCGGCAACCCAACGAGUUCCUCAACUUGCGUUUCUACCUUAACAAGAUCCCACUAGUACCUGAUGGUAUUUACAUAGAAGAGAUUUUGACAAGGUGGAGAGGUGACUACGACAAGCUGGAGCACAAUCACACCUACAUUCAGUGGCUGUUUCCAUUACGAGAACAAGGGCUCAACUUCUACGCACAUGAACUGACUCAGGAUGAGAUUAAAGAAUUCCAAAGCACUCGAGAAGCCAAGAGGAGGUUCUUGGCAGCUUAUUCCCUCAUGUUGGAUUUCUACGGCAUAAAACUGCUUGAUAAGAGCGGGAACGUCUCUCGGUCUUCCAACUGGCAGGAGCGCUUCCAUCACCUUAACGAGUCACAGCACAACUACCUACGCAUCACUCGCAUACUGAAGUCACUGGGCGAGCUGGGUUAUGAGGCCUUCAAAGCUCCGUUGGUCGGCUUGUUCCUGGAGGAGUCCCUGCAUCGCAAUACCCUUCCUAACAUGCAGCACAGCAUCCUGGAAUACUUUGUAUACACCAUUCGCCUGCCGGCCACUCGUAGACGCCUGCUGCGCUACGCUCGCCGCCACUACAGGCCCGCCCACGCUUUUCUCUGGGGUCCUCCGCCCAAGAGAUCCAGGUUUAAAGGUGGAGAUGACGGUGCUAGUGUGGGGGCCGGGAGCAGCGGGAUCCGAGCACCUGCUCCCACACCAGAACCACAGAGGAGGGGGGACAAGAGCUUCAUCUCCUCCUCUGCGUGUAGCGGGACACUUGUGUCUUCCCAUGAUGCCGUGGUAUGCCAUGAUGUGUCUGCAGAGGGGAUGAACACAUACACUGGCAUGGAUAGACUGGAGGGGGUACUUAUUAUGAAGGGAGAAGGAAACAAGUACGCUGAGGUUGUUCCUUUGUAGGGUGCCAGUGGUCUGAUGGUUGGAUUCAUAUUGGCUUUUCCAGAAAGUAAUAAUGAGGCCAAUAUAGAUGGAGCAGUAAAAAAAAACAGUUUGUUGGUUAGGUUUUACAACCCCAUAAAAAGUUAAAUGAGAUAACAUUGUAAUGUCGUGAACAAAUGUUUAUUUUCUAGUUCUAGUACAGGGGUGUCCAAACUUUAUCCACAGUGAAAAAUGAAAGGAUGCAAGGACCACUUGGAUUUUACGUUUGCUUUUUUAAUUUUUCAAAUAUUUCAGCUUCCUUCUUCAUCUUAUCUUCGCAAAUUUUGUUCUCAGAGUAUUGUGACUUUAUUCCCAUAAUAUUAUCACUUUUCCCCAGCGUAAUUUUCCCCAAAUUAUAACUUUAUUUUGUUUUGUUUGUUGCUCAUAAUAUUACUAUUUGAAAAAUAAGUGUAAUAUUUCAACUCUAUGCCACUAAAAUGACAAUAUUUUUCCUCGUAAUAUUGUGAAAUGAUUCUCGUAAAAUUGAAAUUUUUUAUUAAUACUUUAUUUUUGUAAAAUUACAGCAGUUUUUUCUGUUUUGUUGGGUUUUUUUAUAUUUCCAACUCUUUCAACUUUGUUUUUGUAAAUUUUCUUCUUGUAAUAUUAUGACUUUAUUCCCAUAAUAUUAGAACUUUUUCCUUAAUAUAAUUUUAAAAAAAUUACAAUUUCAUUUAGUUUUGUUUCUCAUAAUAUUAUGAAUUAAAAAAAUAAAUUCUUCAAUAUGACUACUAAAAUUACUUUACUUUUCCUCGUAAUAUUAUAAGUUUAUUCUUGUAAAAUUGUGACUUUUAAAAAAAUUUUACUCUUAAUAUUUUGACUUUAUUUUUUUAUGAAAUUAUAGCUGUUUCCAACUAUUUAAACUUUCCUUUCAUAAUUAGGACUUUUUUAUUUUCACCUUAUUUCCAUAUUAUCAUAACUUUUUCACCAAUCUGAUUUUCCAAAAAUGACAACUUUGUUUUGUUUUGUUUGCUACUCAUAAUAUCACGACCAGUAACGUCUUUUUUUCUUUAAUAUUGUGACUUUAUUCUUGUUAAAUCUUUGCUGAUUUUUCCAUUUUUGUUGUUGUUUUCUGUUUUUUUUUUUAGUUCUCUUGUUAAAUUAUAUUUUUAGAAUGUACCGUGGGUUAAUAAAAAAAAAAAAAUAGCCGUGGGCCGCAAAUGGCCCCCGGGCUGCACUUUGGACACCCCUGUUCUCGUAGAUUAUCUCAAGGGCUUAUUCAUGUAAACAUCUCUUUGCUGGGAAUUCAUUUCAGCUCUGCUCAGUAAUGCUGUCUGGGAUAAGACCACCAUGGACUCAAUUUCCAACCUACACUCAACAAAAAUACAAAUGCAAUGCUUUUGUUUUUGCUCCCAUCUUUCGGGAGCUGAACGAAAGGCCGAUUUCUCUCCAAUGUUGUUCACAAAUGUGUCUAAAUCUGUGUUAGUGAGUGCUUCUCCUUUGCAUAUCAUGAUGCUGAUUAGACAGCAUGAUUAUUGCACAGGUGUGCCUUAGGCGGCCACAAUAAAAGGCCACUCCAAAAUGUGCAGUUGGGAAGGCCAGAAAACGUGUGGCCAUCAUCUGCCUCACAUUUCUGCAUAGAGUUGAUCAGGUGGUGGAAUGUUGUUAUAUUUUUGUUGAGUGUGUGUUAACCUUGAGGCCCAUACGUGUCGCCAGGGACAUCUGAACACAUGACUAAAGAUUGCCUUAUGCUUACUAGUUACUGAUAUUGAGGUGCAUUUCUAAACCAGAGGCCUAUCCUGCUGAUGAUCCACUCAUGCAAAUCUUCAAAUUGGAAACAUGGUGGCACCCUCGCAUUAUAUACUGUAAAUAUUUUAUACGUUUCCUUUUCAAACUCAGUGAAACAACAAAAAGACAGCAGACUGGGUGAAUUUUUUUGUCAUUAAAUUGAUUCAACUGAUUUUUGAAGUUGAAUCAUAGUGCAGUAAUCCCUCGCCACAUCAUAAUUCCAAUUUCGCAGCUUCACUCUUAUCACGGUUUUUCAAAAAUACAUGAAUAAAUCAUGCUGUUGUUGAAUAAGGCCUAUUAUUAGUCCAAAAUAUGCAUUUUUAAGCAAAGUUUAGGUAUUUUUGACUAAAUGAAGCAUUUUCAGGCAUAAAAAUGAAUCACAAAUAUAUUAAUUAAUAAAUCAUGCAGUUUUGUGGUUGAAUACAGCCUAUAAUUAGUAACAAAUAUGCAUAUUUAAGCACAUUUUAUGGAUUUUCUGCCUAAAUGAAGCAUUUUCAGGCAUAAAAAUGAAGUAAAAUACAAAUAUAAGGCGUUCAGAAGACUCAUUGAAAGACGUGAUGAUAUGUAGUAUUCUACGCUGGUCACUAGGUGUCAGUAAUGUUACUGUAAUGUUGGGUGAGACACACAAGCACCAGACUUGAUCGCCGGAACAACAGGCUUUUAUUGCAGGUUUGAAUGAUCUCACAAAAGGCACAUGGGCUACUGUCGCGGCUGUAACCCGCAUCGAGCUAAAACUCAACCCUGAACCGAGAAUGAGUCUUAUUUUCUCUUAUUAUGUGUACUAUAUCGGGUAAUAGGAGUGUAAAGGUGACUAUAGGGGUGUUAUUUCAUGUCUAGAGUGCUCUAAUAAUGUUAGAAACCAUAUUUAGAAGGUCGUAAACAACUUUUCUAUGCUUUAAUUACAAAAUAUUCUAUUCAUAAAUAAGGCAUAACCGAUUAACGAAGGAUUACUGUGUAUUAUAUGCUAGUUACCAAUAUCUACUCACAGUGACGAUAGUACUUGUCUGCUGUAUACACCAAUUCAUGUGAUUGAAUAUUUCUAGAAACUUCAAGAUAAGCCAUUCUUACUUCUUUCGAGGAACAUUUAAUUCCAUAAAUCAUAUAUUGUUGUUUUGAAGCAAAAAGUAGCACCAAAUGGACUUAACCUUAAAAUGCUCAUGUUUUCUAUUGUUUACAGUAUAGAUACGCAAUUGCUAUUGCGUUUAAAAACAUAGGUACCACUUUAGGAUAGCCAACCAAAGGCUUUAUUUUAAUGUUACUAUAGAAAAUGGAUGGAUGGUUACUUGCCUUUUAGUUUAUAGGUCAAAUAUGAACAAAGUUAUAAAUGGCUGUUUAAUAAAGUAUGACAUUUGUCAAGUUAAAGUCAUACCUGUCGACCCUCCCGGGAAAUCCUGCCCUUCUUUCCCACCACUGCAGGUGACAGUGGUGCAGUGUAUUGGCAGUGGGCCCUUGGGUCUUUCAGCUGUUGCUGUAUUUUAUAGUUAUCCAUUCGGUUUAGCUGUUAAUCCUGUGCUCACCAUAAACCACACCUGUCAAGCCUCCCAUUUUCCCAUAUUUUGCCCACCUUUCCAGGCGCCCUCCCGUUUGAAUAGUUUGCCGUAAAUUUCCUGUAUGUUAACUUUCAUGGGAAAAAAAAUACUCUCCAACGAGGGCAAUAGAGGCAACCCUGGCAAUGUAAUAUUGGCGUAGCACAUGUUGGCAUUAAAGUCAGGCCUUCAAAAUAAAAGCAUUGCAGUAAAAUUCUGGGCUGUGGUGGAAUUACGCUGGGAAGACCAGAAUUUCCCUUCAUUUUCCUGAAAUGCUCAAAUGCAAAGGUUGACAGGUAUGCCUUAAAAAGUUUUUCAAUGUGCAGUCAUCCCUCACCAUUUUGCACUGCAAACGUCGCGGCUUCACUCUAUCACGGGUUUUCAAAAAUAAUAUAUGAAUAAAUCAUGCUGCCUAUUAGUAAAAAAAUAUGCAUAUUUAGCAAAGUUUGGCCUAAAUGAAGCACUUUCAAGCAUAAAAAUAGCUAAAUAAAGUAAAAUUCAAACAUAAGGCGUUCAGAAGACGCAUUCAAAGACAUUAUGUAGUAUUCUACACUGGUCACUAGGUGUCAGUAAUGUUACUGUAAUGUUGUGUGAGUCACAAGCACCAGAUUUGAUCGCCGGAACAACAGGCUUGUAUUGCAGGUUUGAAUGAUCUCACAACACGAGCUUCUGUCUCGGCCGUAACUCAUGCCAAGCUAAAACUCAACUCUGAACCCCCGAUAUCACUAAGUCCUAUUUGUGUCUUAAAUGUCUUAUUUUCUCGUUUUAUGUCUACUAUAUUGGGUAAUAGGAGUAUAAAGUUGACUAUAGGGGUGUUAUUUAUUGUCUAGAGGGCUCUAAUAAUAUUUAAAAUUGCAUUUAGAAGGUCGUAAACAGGUUUUCUAUGUUCUAACUCCAAAAAUAUUCAAUUUGUAGAUAAGGAAUCCUACUUGGAGGACAUUUACUUAUUGUGGUCGCGUCUGGAACCAAUUAGCCGGGAUCAACGAGGGAUUACUGUACUGCAUAACUAGAAAAAGGAACAUUAUUGUAAAGUGUAAUAAAUACCAUUAAUUAGGUGGUAGCAUUAAUAGCACUUUUUAGUUUAUUGAGCCUUUAAGUGUGAAGUGAUAAACAGCUUAUAGAAAGUGUCUGUGGCAACAUUGAGAUUCACUUUAUAAUUACUUUAUUCUUGUACUAAUGUGUUUUUUUUUAAACUACUUGAUUCUUCUAAAGUUUUAUUGCUGCUUUAUUUAAUUUUUUUAAUGCUCUUUUUCAUGUAAUUUCCUUUUUUUUUCUCUCAUCAGUACUCCUAGUACUCCUAGUACUUCAUAAGGUAGGACUGGAGGUUGGCGAGAAUAAAGAGCAGGAGUGUUGUGUUCAAAUGCUGUUCGGACAGACAGUUGACCUUGAAUAUGACUGCUUGUGUCACCUGAAAGCCUUCUGCGUCGAUAUUUCUAAUGUCAGGUGAUGUGCUGCACUUUUUUGACAAUCUUCGUCUUCCUGUUAAAGCGCUGUAAGGUUACUUCAAAUGGUUCGAUAUUUAGGGACACCCGUACAAUACCUUUGAUAAUAUUUACAUGAUAUGUACGUUUGAACUAUUGUAUUCGAUGACACGUCUCGGUAGUAUUCAGCAAAUAGUAGUAACAUGUGAACAAUGAGCCCACAAAUGUGACGCUUUAGUACUGUUGUGAGGAUACUCAUGUUUCCAUGAAAAUUCCCUUUUUAAAUGUAUAGUUAGCAACACGUCAUACCUUUUCAGGUGAAAUAUGUCAUCCCAUGGGCUAAACUGUUUGACUUUUUAGGAUACUGUGGUAAUAUAUUAUGUGAACUGAUACUACUGUAUUAAGUGCCUCUUUUGUAAUGGCGUCUCAAAGGAUAGUAUUUCCCAUCAUUUAUUUGGCAUUCUUUUUGUAUAGAAUUUUGAUAUUUACUCGUGAUCGCAUUCUAGUCCGAUUCAUUAUGAGUCAUUGUUUGGAUGAAAUGAAGGCAGGAAUGUGAUUGUUUGGGAGAACCAUCCUGGAAUACUUUGUAUGUGGCGCAUUGAAUCGGUGGGAUUGUUCCAGGUUUCAAUGUUCACAAUAUUUACUGGACUUUAGUGUAUUAGCAAGCUCAUGUGUACGCCACAAUUUAAAAUGAAUGCACACAAUAUGAAUUCAAUAAAUAUUGCGGUUGUGAACGAAGAGUGGCGUCAGUGGCUUGUCAUUACUUUACUGUCUGUGAAUGUUGACUUCCAGGUUUCACAAAGACGUUGCUUUUUUUUUUACCAUUUAGGAAAUUACAGAUACAAUAUAAGAAACUAUACGAAACAGGCAAAUUUGAAAUAUAUCUUACGAUUUAUUAACACGCUGAGGUCUGACUCGCAAAAAAAAAAAGACAAAACAAUGGUCCUAUUGAAUUUUGGAAAGAAAUCAAAAGAUGGAACACUUUAAAAACAUCCUUGCCAACAAACAUUGAUGGGGCAAACAGACCAGAGGAAAUGACUCACUUCUGGCAGAAACAUUAUUAUGAGCUGUUUAACUGUGUCAAACAUAAUUCCUUUGUGGUGGACAAUAGAGACAAAAAUGAAGAUUGUGAUGAAGUUCAGAAAUAAUAAGGCCUGUGGUGCAGACAAGAUAUCCACUGAGCAUUUAAAAUUUGCCAGCACUCUGUUAGCAAAAACCCACGCACGCACAGGGAGAACAUGCAAACUCCACACAGAGAUGCCCAGCGGAGAUUCGAUCAGAGAAAAAAUAAGACCCGUACUUGGGGUUGGGCAUCGUUGGAAUUUGAACGAUUCCAAUGCCUUGUUUCGAUUCCAGUUCCUAACAAUUCUGAUGCUUUGAAGAGUAAGGGUCAUAAAAGUUUGCAUGGUUUAAAUUAAGGCGCUAACUUGAAUCAAUGUUAUGAACUUUCUUUCCACAGGAGUACACUUUCACAAAAGAUGUUUACUUUUGAAAAGCUCAUGAAAAAACAUUUCCACAUAUGCUGUUGUUCAUGUGUUAGUGUGUGACGCUGCAGCCACUUAAACAUGCACAAUCAAACAACUUGAAAAAGAUUUGGCUAUGAAAGAGUACACCAGCUAAUGUUAGCACUCAGCACUAGUUGACUUCGUUUGCUGCUUCAGUGUUGGUGUAAGAUACAGUAUUUUUUAUGACGUAUUUUUUUGUCAGAAGUAAACAGGAUGUAGCCAACGGAGCUCUUAUUUUAAAGGCCAGAAAUGUGUUGUGUGGGUUGAAAAUUGUGUCGCAAAUGUUCCACUGAGCCGACCGUUCUUUUUUUUAUGAUGGUAAGCCAAUCUUUUUAGCUGCUUCUUCUUCAUUGGUGCUCGCCGGCUUCUUCGUUGGUGUGCGCGGCUAUUUGUGACAUGAGCAUCGAAUCUAGGAAUCAAAAUUUAAAAAUGUGACCGACCCCGGGAGAAUGGCAAUGUUCGUCCCGGUUCCCAUCGAUGCUUGAGACUCGAUGUCCAACCCUACCCAUACUCGAGUGUGUUGCUUUAAAUGUGUUCCGGGGCUAGGGGAGCUGAGUGAGGGGAGGACAGGAAGUGAUGUCGGGGUUUCAGAGUUGAGUUGU